CGUUUAUUAUUAUUCCUUAUCAUCUGAGCAUCAAGUACCAUUUCCAAGAUGAAAGCCUUUUUGAUACUCGUACUUUUAGUGGCCAGUGCUUUUGCCAUCGCAACCUGCGAUGACGACGACAACUCUACAUUACUUCUCGAUCCAAGAGAUAUAGCAGCUAUCGAAGACAAACUGACAAGAAUGGAUUUUCUAGAAAAAAUUGUUGGAGUAGUAUUUGGUUUUAAAAAAGAAAAUGCAAGGGAUGAAAAAUGCAUACCAAUUGGAGGAGAAUGCAAAUUCUGGACUGGGCCUAACUGCUGUGGUAUAAAAACUCGAUGUGUUGUCUUUGAUUCACCUCCAAGAUGUAAAAACUGUCAGCAUACUUCCAGAUGCCGUGAAUACAACCUAGGUGUAUGGCUGGAUACUAUCGGAGGUUGGUUCUCGGGAAAAUAGAUCAAGUACACAAUAGUUUGUAAAUGAAUAAUCAUAAAUCUCGAUCAUAAAUCAUAUCAUAAAUCUCGAAUUUUCUGUUUUCUUAUGAAUACAAUUUGAAAUUCAUAUAGUUGUUCUUUAUUUGAUCACCAAAGUCUCUUUUUUUUUUUACUAUGAAUGAAUGUUUAUUUCUGUAUAAUUUUGAAACCGACUGUUGUUGGAAAUAAAACGUGCUAUGCAUUGUAAGAAGUUAUGAUU